AUGAAGCGUCAUGAAGCCGAACCUCAACCUCAAUAUGCGCAAACCAAAGAUGCCUCCCCCCUGAGUCGUAGGCGGUCCGUCAGGAUGAAUAAGGGAAAGAUUAUGCGGAAGCUGCUGGGCCAGCCAGCUCCCUCCGCUAUCGAAAAUACAAGUGUCGACCAUGGCGCGGCCGAUUCUCCACAGCUUCGCCCGAGCGCAUCACAGAACACCACCUAUGCCGCGGGAGCACCCAUUGCGUGUCUAGACCGAUCCUCUGAUGGAAGCUGUGCUGUGAUUGCUGGCACGAAGGUGUUUAAGGUUUUGAGGAUAGACGGACCCACGAUCACUGAGGAACUUGACCUACGAUCCGCUAUCACCUCCUAUGCCACAUCUCACGACUUAUCCGCUGCAACUCCAGACCAGCUCAAUAUCAAGGCCGUCAAAUGGUCACACGGUGCCUUGGAUACGUCUAUCAUCACAGCAUCUGGCAACGGCCGGAUCACUGUAUACGAUCUCAACCGAGUCGGAGAAGGGCUGGAAACGGCGCGAAUACAUGAACACGCCCGCCAGGUCCACAAGCUCGCCAUAAACCCGUUUAUGUGUAAUUGGCUACUAUCAGCGAGUCAAGAUGGAACUGUUAGGAGUUUUGAUAUAAGGACCCCUUUCGUUGGUCGUAAUGGGCCCACCUUUCGGACAUGGCAGACUUUCAAAUGCAAUGCAGAUGCGGUACGAGACGUUAUGUGGUCGCCAACAGAUGGCAUGGAAUUUGCGUGCUGUACAGAUGCUGGAGUUGUGCAGAAAUGGGAUAUUCGAAAGCCUAGUGCUCCAGUUCUCAAACUCACUGCUCAUCAGAGUCCAUGCUUCUCGAUUUCAUGGCACCCCGAUGGAGAUCACCUCACAAGUGGUGGGGCUGACCAAUUUUGCCACGUAUGGGACUUAUCGAAGAAGGCAGACAGGAAUCAGAAACCAAGAUAUUCAUUUGCUACGCCAGCUCCCAUCUCUACGGUUUCUUGGCGGCCGGCAUGUUGGUCUGCUACAGCUCAAGGCCGAAGAGCCGCCCAAAUCGCUGUCGCCUAUGACGACACUAGUAUAACCAGAAACCAAACAUCAUCAGUGGAUCUCUGGGAUCUUGCUAGGCCAUCUAUGCCGUUCAAGCAGAUCGAUCAAUGGGAUAGCUCACCAACGGGAAUCCUGUGGAAUAGUCGGGACCUUCUAUGGGCUGUGGAUAGAGAAGGACGUUUUACCCAAACAGACGUUGUCUUUGCUCCCAAGGCCAUAGACCGGAGGAGUCUCUCGAGUUUUUCAUUCUCGGCAUCUGGUGAUGUGCUCAUGCUAUUGGAAGAACGACAGAUUCCCCAACGACGGUCGCGACCAUCGAUAAAGUCACCAGAAGUGUCACCGAAUUUUCAACCAAAUAGUUCUGCUGGGACCCUAAUGAGUGUUAGUCAAACCGACUCUGAGGAAGAUGUUGUAGGGAGCUUCCUAGGGCCCAGGCAACGGAAAACACACAGGAGACGGAAUAGCGCACGGUCUACCCAAUCUUUCAGCAGUACUCCACCUAGCAAUACAGGAAUUGUCGAUAGUAAGGUUAUGUCAUUGGAUGAUGCGCUGAAAGUCACUGGGAUCUACAAACCUCAACAAGUAAUGGCCAUCGGCCAUGCACCUUCCACCGCUAAUCGCCACACAUAUCAGUACUUCUCUAACCGAUAUCUGAUACGUAUGGAAAAGGAUAAUUUUGCCAAGUAUGAUUUUACUCCAACCAAUGUCCGUAUGACUUCUACCACGGAGCAUUUUGCCAGGACAGCGGAGGCUGUUGGCCACUAUCGUCUAGCCCAGACUUGGCGACUCGUCGGAUACACCAUGAAUAUUCUGCUUACCAGACGUGCCGAAUACCAUCGCCAAUCCAGGUUGGCUGUACCAGAGCCCCCCAAAAAGGCGGAUAAACAGCAUAAGCUAAAGCAGGAUGUUGCAGCGCUGCAGAGCAAAAUAGACCAUGAUCUGGAGACACCUCGAAGGCAGCCGCGUGCUCAAACUCCUCAAGAUAGCCCGCUCCAGCGGCCCACCAGAUCCACCGUUAUGGCAGAUGCGGAGAGCACGUCGAAUGUUGCCACGCCCCUUGCCCGCCCCGUGGAUGACGAUAUUGUCGAUCGGACAAGAGAGGCAAUGCUCACACCAAUAACGGUCGAUGACGACGUUCUAAACCUUCCUGAAGCAGCUCAUUCAACAAGCCCCAGUCCUAUACCAGUACCUGGGGCUGAGGUGAGAACGUCGAGUAUAGAAGGAUAUGAUUUCUACGGCAUGGAAACGUUCUCUCCCCCAAUAGUGGAAUUCCAUCCACCACAACGAAAACAGCCACUUAGACUUGAUGAUUUCAUGAAACAUAAUCGCUCACCUGAGAACCGCCAGCUCAGCCGGCAUGAUUCGGGAGAAAGCUUUCAGAUGUUUUCAACAUCUAACGAGUCUCACCAAGCGAAGUUCUUGAGUUCAUCUGAGAGUGACGCCGGACGCUCGUUACCAGAUCGUGUUUCAGGUCGAGAGGAUAGUUCGUCCUUUAAUCCCAGCAAUUCAGAGGCUCCUAGUCAAUCUGAUAGCUCAUACAAACAUCCUCCAACAAACUCUGACCAAUCGAACGGCGAUAAACGCAAUGAGAUGCGUCAAAGCCCGACAAACCCACCUAUUCUCCGUCUACAAGAGGCUUCCAUGCAAUCUACCAGUAACAGUGACGAGCUAAACACGCCGGAAGAAGAAUCUGUCAGACCACCAUCGGGCGGCGAAGUGAUAUCCGAAGACCCGAAUAUAGUCGAGAGUGAUUAUCUCCCAUGGCCAAAUGACCCACACUUCACAGUGGCCCCCAUAGACCCAUCAAUCUUAGUCCAACGCUCUAUCGACUUCGAGACCAAAACCAGUGCAUUGAACGCCGCAGCAAUGGUCCUCCUGCUCCGCCCCUUUCUUCCUGCCUCCGCGAUCGAUGAAAUCCAAGCUGGUGCCAUAUUACGACAAUACCACCACCGUUUAACGAGCAUGAAACUCUUCAUGGAAGCAGCGCUCCUCCGCAACCUCUGCGUCCCGCUCUAUCCAUCCGUUUUCGCCCCCGCGCAAGAAAACAUAACCAUCGGCUACUUCUGCACAUCAUGUCAAAAACCCCUGGAGAACGACCCUCUAAUACCGAAUUCCGUCUGGCACUGUCCGCGCUGUGAGCGCGCCAUCGAGGGCUGUGCAGUCUGCCGCCAUCGAGAGCUAGACCCUGAUCUUACUUACGAAGAUCAAGAUGCUUCUUCUCUCGAGUCAUUGGCGCUAUGGUGGCUCUGUCCGGGCUGCGGCCACGGCGGUCACACCACAUGUAUGCAAGCCUGGCACUCGGGGCCGGAAUUCGAUGAGGGCUCUAAAGUAUCUGGUGGUUGCUGUCCUCUUGAAGGGUGUCUGCAUCCUUGUCUCCCUGGGACAUGGCGAGCGCAGCGAUGGGAGGAGAAGAAAAUGGCCAAGGCCAGGGAGUUAGAGAGUUUGGUGAGGGAGAGUUCACGAGCCGGUGCGAGGGCGGUCGGAGUCGGGAGAGGGGGUGUGAGGAGAGAUAAUAGGGAGGUUAACCAGAGUAAGGCUGUUGAAGGUGUCAGGGUUGCGCUAGGUGUGGGCGUAGGCGGGGCAACCGAUAGAGGGCCUGGGCUGGAACGGAAGAAGAGUGUUAAACUUGUUGCGCCUGGGGAGGAGGGAGGCUAA